AUGUGAUGUGUGUGAAUGGUCCUCUUCAGCCCCCCUCAGUCCCUCACGCGCUGUUUCCGCAGCAACAGGGAAAAGAUGGCAGCCCUCGCGACCCUCACUCAGCUGUCGAGCGGGAACCCUGUAUAUGAGAACUUUUACAGACAGGUUGACCCGGGAAACACUGGGAGGGUUGGACCUACAGAGGCUGCCUUGUUCUUGAAGAAAUCAGGCCUGCCAGACAUCACAUUAGGAAAGAUCUGGGAUUUGGCUGAUCCAGAUGGCAAAGGUUUCUUGGAUAAACAGGGUUUUUACGUUGCUCUGCGACUUGUGGCCUGCGCGCAGAGUGGGCACGACAUCAGCCUUUCCAGUAUAAACCUCCCCGUUCCACCUCCAAAAUUUAAGGACCACAGCAGCCCGUCACUGAGUUCUGUGACGUCAACCAGUGAGAGCCACUGGGCAGUGCGGCCUGAAGAGAAGAGUAAAUUUGAUGGUAUUUUUGAAAGUCUUGCCCCAGUGAAUGGAUUACUGUCCGGUGAGAAGGUCAGACCAGUACUUAUAAACUCCAAACUUCCUGUGGAUGUUCUUGGAAAGGUGUGGGAUUUGAGUGACAUAGACAAAGACGGACACUUGGACAAAGAUGAGUUUGCAGUGGCUAUGCAUCUGGUAUACCGUGCCCUGGAGAAGGAGCCCGUGCCCUCCGUCCUGCCCUCUUCUCUCAUCCCUCCAUCUAAAAGGAAGAAGUCCUCAGGGUCUCUGUCCAACAUGGUGCCAGUGUUACCAGGCAGCCCACCGCCACCUAAAGACAGUCUGCGUUCGACCCCCUCUCACGGCAGCAUGAACUCUCUCAACAGCGCUGGGAGUUUGUCCCCAAAACACACCCUCAAAUCAUCACAGCAUUCAGUAAACUGGGUGGUACCAGUUGCAGACAGAGGGCGCUAUGAUGACAUCUUCCUCAAAACAGACACUGAUCUCGAUGGCUUCGUCAGCGGCCAUGAAGUUAAAGAUAUCUUCAUGCAGUCCGGCCUUCCUCAGAACCUCCUGGCACAUAUUUGGUCUUUGGCGGACACCAGGCAAAUGGGCAAACUCACACGCGAGCAGUUCUCCUUGGCCAUGCAUCUCAUUCAGCAGAAAGUGAGCAAAGGCUUGGACCCUCCACAAACUCUGACUCCUGACAUGAUCCCACCAUCUGAACGCAGCACACCGGGACCUAGUCUGUCAGGAUAUAUGACACCAGUGGGCUCUGAGAUGGCCGCACUGAGCGAGAUGCGCCGGGACAGCUCCAGCUCCGUGGGUUCAGGCGAGUUCACCGGGAUUAAAGAACUGGAUGAUAUAAGUCAGGAGAUCGCACAGCUGCAGAGCACUCUUGCUUUCACACACUGGGAUACACUCAGAGAGAAAUACACUUUGGAACAAGAUAUCAGAGAAACAGAGGAGGCCAUCAGACACAAAACCACAGAGGUUCAGGAAAUGCAGAAUGAUCUGGACCGAGAGACGUCCAGCCUCCAGGAGCUUGAGGCCCAGAAGCAGGAUGCUCAGGACCGGCUGGAGGAGAUGGACCAGCAGAAGGCGAAGCUUGAAGACAUGCUUAAUGACGUACGGCAGAAGUGCCAGGAAGAAUCACAAAUGAUCUCAUCCCUGCAGACCCAGAUCCACUCGCAGGAGUCGGACCUGCAGAGCCAAGAGGAAGAGCUGGGCCGGGCCAAGGCUGACCUGAACCGCCUACAGCAGGAGGAAGCGCAGCUAGAGCAGAGUCUACAAGCUGGCAGAAUUCAGCUAGAAACUAUCAUAAAGUCACUCAAAGCCACACAGGACGAGAUCAACCAGGCACGGAGCAAACUCUCCCAGAUUCAGGACAGCCAACACGAGAUCAGUAAGAGCAUUGAGCAGUAUAGCAGCACUCUGAACGGGACCCAUGGGGGCAGCAUGACCAACCUGGCAGACAUGAGCGAAGGCUUCCCAGAAAAGGAGAACGGAGGUUUUGGGGCCAUGGAGGACCCUUUCAAAGUGAAGACCACUGUGUUUAACAGCGCCCCUCAGGAGAUGCACACGGACCCCUUCCAGUCUGAAGACCCAUUUAAAACAGACCCAUUCAAAGGUGAUCCGUUCCAGAAUGACCCAUUCUCAAAGCAAACCUCCACGGUUGCAGAUCCUUUCGGUGGAGACCCUUUCAAAGAAACCGACCCAUUUAGGACCUCUUCUGAAGAUUUUUUCAAGAAACCUUCAAAGCCGGACCCCUUCAACAAUGCUGAUCCUUUUAGCAAAAGUGCCACUCUUCCCUCAAAGAGUCAUCAUUUCUCUAGUAAUGACCCCUUCAGCUCCACAAGCCCCAAACCAAAAGGCCAAGAUUUCUUCGGUACUUUGGACCCGUUCGGGAGCAGUUCAUUCGGCAGCAAUAGCGGAUUUGCAGACUUCAGCCAAAUGUCGAAGGGCUUUGUAGAUGACCCGUUCAGCCGAAAACAAGACAUGCCUGCUCUCCCCCCCAAGAAAAGUGUACCACCACGGCCCAAACCACCCAGCGGUAAAAGCACUCCUGUAAACGUGCCGGGAUCUGCCGAUUCGGCCAAGACGAGCGAUCCCUUCCAGCCCUUCAGUGCUGACCCCGGCGAUCCGUUUCAGAGUAAAAAGGGGGUGGGAGACCCGUUUAGUGGCAAAGACCCGUUUGCUCCAUCUGCCUCAAGUAAAGCCUCUAAAGACUCUUCAUUGGGUUUUGCUGACUUCAGCUCUGAACUGAGCGAAUUAAGUUUGGUAAUGAAGCCCAGCAGAUGGAGUGGGCGAAGCGGGAAAGUGAGAGAGCGGAACGGGAGCGGCUGAAGAGACUGCGCCAGCAGGAACAGGAAGACCUGGAGCUGGCCAUCGCUCUCAGCAAGGCCGAGAUGUCCAACGCCUGACCGCCAUCCCCUCAGAUCCACCCUUCUGUACACUACAGCGACGAUUGCGUGUGUGUACGUGAUGGACCGAGAUAAAAUAGAUGCAAGUGGGACACAGUCCCUGACAGUUCAACCUCUAUCCUUUUGUGUUCAUUCAGGAGGGCGGCCUAUGGUUUGUGAAUCAGCUAACUCACUCUACAUGCACUGCAUUAACCUCUCAGAUGGAGUAUAUAGUUUAUUUAAAGUGUAUUAGUAUGUGUGUGUGUGUGUGUGUGUGUGUGUGUGUGUGUGUGUGUGUGUGUGUGUGUGUGUGUGAGAAUGUGCAUCAACAGAGCCAUGGACAUUUGAAGACCAUUACUGGUCUCUGCAGAUCAAUAUCUCCACUGGUGUGGAAAAAAGGGACUGAGAAACCACUAAGAAAGUUGCUUUUGCGGUUUGAUCCUGGGUCGAACCAGAAACUUGAAUUACUGACGCUACACUCCCUCCCUACGAGCCCUUGAGCAAGGCACUUAAUUCCAGGUUUCUUCCUGAAUUCAGUCGCUGUAAGCGUACUGUAAGUCGAUUUGGAUAAAGAGCAUCUGCUAAAUGAUAACUUACUGCCUCUGGCUGUAGUCAGUAUAGCACACACUGGAAUUACAGCAGCGCCUGCAGACUAAACGUCUGUAAGGAGCUCUUGACGUGACGAAAAGCUGAACGAAAGACAGUGUGAUUCUGUAAGUGUCGUUUAAGAGAGCUGAUUGAUUCAUAAGUGAACUUGUUUUCUUUCACAGUACUGUUCAGAGGAGAAGGAUCAGCAAAGCUUCUACAACUGCACUGAAUUUUUUUUUUUUUUUUUUUCAAUUUUUAUUUUACCAUGUUAAAAGAUUUAGCUGGUUAACACCGCUGCAGGACUCAACAGUAAGGUUUUUUUGGGCCCCACUAGAAAAGUUUUUGUUUUUCUAGAAAUAUUUGAUUUUUUUUUUUAUCAAAUGUUACAUUCUCUUUAAAAGGAACUUCAUAUUUUUGUCUUUACAAAAUGAAAAUUUACAAAAAUCUUGUAAAUUUUCUUUUUGUAUUAAAAAAAAAAAAAAAUCCAUCUAUCCGUCUAUCGUUUUUACAUUCUGUCUAUUGUUAUUUCAUACUAUCAUUCCGCUUUAUUGAUCUAUUUUUCUAUCUAUUUUACCUGAAUGUAUGUACAAGAUCAACAAGUCUAAGAUUUUCAGUGAUAAGGACUCUUUCACACAUGCCAACUAUAGAGCCAACCUUAUUGUUGAGUUCUGCACUAUGGUGUAAUAUUUGGUUGUAUAAAAAAAACAAAUGCCUCCAUGAGGGAACUGAUAACAUAUUUUGCUGUUUAGAUUUUUGUCGUUUUCAGUUCGUUACUAAUUUUGUAAUAUAGUUUUAGCUUGAACCCGUAAACAGGCCCGUAUGGAAUGUGAGAUACUUGUCGCAUUUUCUGUUUUGUUUUUGUUUUGUUUUUUUGUGUCAGGAUUACUAAACACCUUUUGGUAGCUGAAAGCACAAUCAAAUUAGCCAAAAUAAAUUAAUGCGACGAUGUGAACUUUGUGAAUUCAGGCUCAAUAGAUUCUUUAAAAAAACAACAACUGGCAAUUGCUGUUGUCGUUUACUGUUUGGUUUGUCCUAACUUGAACGUCUUGGUGAUGGUACUUCCUGGCACGUUUCAAGCCUGUUUUUUUUUUUUUUUUUUGUCUUUACGAUUGAAUUAUCGUACAACUUAAUAUCAACGUUUUUUUUAAACAUACAAUCUGCUGGUCUUUAACGGUAGACUCUUUAACUGGUACUAUUAACACGUUUUAUCCAUGAAUGAUCUGUAUUCACUCAUCCAACCUUGGAUCAUUGGAAUAGCUGUUUCUUCCUUACUUCAGUUUGGAAUAACUCUUGAAUCUAUAAUGUGGUGUGUCAUUACAGGUAAAAUCUUUCUGCAUAAUGAUUGAUGCUCAUUUGCAAAAUUGUGGACACAAACUGUGACAUAUCCUAGUAUACUGCUAACUUUCAGCUAUGUUAUCUUUCUGUUACUUUUUUUUUUUUUUUUUUUUAGUUCCUCUUUUUUUUCUCGACUCUCAAUUAGCUUGUGUUUUUUUGACCGCAAGUAGCUGCUCGACACUCCUCGGUCACGUUAGUGUCACACUAAACAGUGUUACUUUGUCUUAUUUAAAAUACGUAAAAUGUAUUAGAUGGAGCCUAGCUCACAAUGAAACUCGUGUGAUGGUUCUUGAACCUUAAUUUAUCUGAUUACAGUACUACACUAAUCUUUAGUCAGUUGCACGUUUUUAACAAAACCGUACGUUUUCAGGACUGGAAUCGAAAGCCGUUGUGUCCCAGACACAGAUAAUGCCAGAUUUUGGCCUAUGAAGGGUUUUAUGACAUAAUGUAGGCCAGGAGUGGGUUAUUCAUGUACAGGGGACUUUGGUCCUGGCUUUCUGCUUUUUACUGUUACAAAAAUAACAUAACCAUUCAAACUAAAAAACAAACAAACAUUUUGUUAGCGUUCCUUUUAUGCUGUAUUUGUCCUCUAUACCUCCAUUGUGCAAUAGUUUGUAUAUUUUAUUUGUUGUAAUACCUGUAAAUUCAUUUAAUGUUUUCAUAUCCUGUUUUAUUAUCCAUAUUUUUUUUUUAAUGAUGAAAGUGAAUAUUUUUUUAGUUACUGUCAUAAUUUUGGGCAUAUGUCCCAUAAAACUCAAGCUGAAUGCAUUCCUUUUUGGCCUGCCUUUAACCCUCGCCUGUGUAGAUAAGACCGAUAUUAACCCGAUAGAGAAAUGCAUAAGAGUAUACAUAAACCAUGUAUAUUAUGUGUUAUAUUUGUCCUAUGAAACAUGAGUAUCUGCACAUGUGUAACUCGAAACAUUUAAGGAUUUCAGACUGCAUUGAUAGUGAUUAGUGAUGCUUGGAUUCCUUUGGAAAUGUUCAUGCUCCAUAUGUUGUCCCUUGAUUUCACAGAAUAAACAAAAGAUAACAUUUCUGAA